UCUAAUGAAAGGAAAAAGAAGUCCUCUGCGUAUUUAUAGUUUCAGACUACAGUUGGUUUUGGUGGAUUUUAGAUUAAUAUCAUGGUAGUGAAAGGAACUAUGAGCGUUUUGUGAAAAUUGGAGCUCUUACCCUCAAAUUAAUGAAUCGCAAAUGGUACUUCGAGUUUGGUGUAAGUACGGGCAUAGUGAAGUAGUCUGAAUUUUAUGUGUGUACAAGAAUAAUUAAGACAAAAUAGGCAUGCCUAAAAGUGGAGCUCUCCCUCUCAAAUGAGAGUGCAGUAAUAUACGUGUUUUUGUAUGGACAAAAUUCGACACUUUUCAUUUAAAGAAAUGAAAAGAUACUAAUGUCCAAUAGAUACAAAAAAGAAAAAAGAAAAAGUGGCAGUAGUAGAAGAGUCUGAUUCGAGACAUUUGUGUUGGCUGCAUGAAAUUGCCAGAUGCCAAUACUUGGCGGAUCCUAGAAUUAAACAGUCAAUCAAAAACAAUUUCAUCAAGCUUCACUAGCAACAAGAGCAAAAUACUCAAGCUCUGCUAUGGCCUCCACUUCUUCCAUCCAUUUAAAGUCCAUCAUCAACUAUCUUCCUCCUUCUGAUGCGGCUGGACACUUUAAAGGAAUCACUUCCAAGAAUUUUCUGGUAAGUUUUGGAUUCCAGAAGCCACCAUUUUCGAGGUGUGAUCAAUUGAAGGUUUUAAGAAAGUGUUCAAUGGACAAAGAGAUGGAUGUGUCCACAUCGACGUUGAUUGAUGAUGCUGAGUUGGAGGAAGAAGAGCCAAGCAUUUCAACUAUGAUAAUGAAUUUUGAAAGCAAAUUUGAUCCUUAUGGUGCCGUUAGCACGCCACUUUAUCAAACUGCAACCUUCAAACAACCUACUGCAACAGAAAAUGGCCCAUAUGAUUACACCAGAAGUGGAAAUCCUACUCGUGAUGCCUUAGAAAGACUCUUAGCAGAGCUUGAAAAAGCUGAUCGAGCAUUUUGCUUCACCAGUGGGAUGGCUGCUUUAUCUGCUGUUGCUCAACUUGUUGGAACCGGUGAGGAAAUUGUUGCUGGUGAUGACCUUUAUGGUGGCUCCGAUCGAUUGCUCUCACAAGUGAUUCCUAGACGAGGAAUCGUGGUCAAACGUGUGAAUACAAGUGACUUAGAUGAGGUCUCAUCUGCUAUUGGCUCACUAACGAAGCUUGUGUGGCUGGAGAGUCCAACAAACCCAAGAUUACAAAUAUCAGAUAUUCGGACAAUUGCAAUUAUGGCGCACAAACAUGGGGCUCUAGUAUUGGUAGAUAACAGCAUAUUGUCCCCUGUAUUGUCACGACCACUGGACCUUGGAGCAGACAUUGUUAUGCACUCAGCUACGAAAUUUAUUGCUGGACACAGUGAUGUAAUGGCGGGUGUGCUUGCUGUUAGGGGAGAAAGGUUGGCAAAAGAAUUGUAUUUCCUUCAAAAUGCAGAAGGAUCUGGACUGGCUCCAUUUGACUGUUGGAUUUGUUUAAGAGGAAUAAAGACACUGGCCUUAAGAGUUGAGAAACAGCAGGAAAAUGCACAGAAGAUUGCUGAAUUUCUUUAUACACAUCCACGGGUGAAGAAAGUGUACUAUGCAGGUCUUCCUACUCAUCCUGGUCGUUCAUUGCAUUACUCUCAGGCGAAGGGCGCAGGAGCGGUAUUGAGCUUUUUAACCGGAUCGUUGGCACUCUCCAAGCAUAUUGUUGAGAGUACCAAGUAUUUCAGCAUAACUGUCAGUUUUGGUAGUGUGAAGUCACUUAUAAGUAUGCCUUGCUUUAUGUCCCAUGCAAGCAUACCGGCUGCAGUGCGAGAAGCUCGAGGUCUAACAGAAGAUCUGAUUCGCAUAUCAGUUGGUAUUGAGGAUGUUAACGAUCUCAUAACUGAUCUAGACAAUGCACUCCGAACAGGACCUCGCUAGGAGUUUGGAACAUUCAAACUUGCAAACAACCCGUAGCUAGAUGGAUAAAAUGAUGAGAAGUUCUACUCCAAAAUCUUGGAUCUUGUGUCAUCUACAAGGAUAUACAUAUGUGUAUUAAUGUGGCAAAUAUUAUUUUUAAAUUGGGUUGGGAAGUGAGAAGCUUAUGAGAAUGGCAUCCUUAAAGGAUUCUCCAUUUGUAUUGGAAGGUUUAAAUCAUAUACACUUUUAGACUAAUAAGGUAGGGACCGUUAUGAACUCAACAUUCUUCGAAAUCUUAUAUUAUAAUAAGGAAAAACUACAAAAUUUGUUUGUAGAUUAUUUUUUA